UUCUAAAACAUUUAUUAUAUCACUUUAGUUUGAUUUAAGCGUCUUUUCAAAAUUAAUUAUAAAGAGAAAAACUAUUUUUCAAAAUGAGUAAUUUCGAAUGUCAAUGCUUGUGCGACAAUGAGAACUGUGCCCGUUUUCACAAUCCACCGAAGCCUCCGUGUAACUGCAUUCGUCAACUUAGCAACUCAACCAAAUUCAUCGAACGCUUACUUGACUGUUCCGCGACUAUAGUUCGAGUUCUAUCGAUUUGUGGUAUUCAUGAGUGUAAAGCUAAAGCAGCAGGCGAUGUAAUUAUUUUUGGAUUUCUUCACUAUAAGGUCGUCCAAGAUCCUGUUCGAGAUGUCCUGCGAAAGAAGCUGAGAAAAGAUGACAUUUUUCAUGAUUUAGGAAGAAAAUGUCGUUUGAAUCGAGUUGAAGCUCAUUUGGCGUAUUCGAUUAUUAAGAAAGCUUUCAAGGCCUUUUAUUACAAACAAACUGCCGAUAAUUAUAAUCCGGAUUUCAUAUCUGAAGAAGAAUGGAUGCGUGCUGCUGAGAAAACUGCUGACGUCUAUGCAUCUGCUGAAGGUCUUCGAGAGUCUGAGAGGAAGAAACUGGAAAACAGAAUUAAGACGGCUUAUUGUAGUUUCAUAAAGAGGGUUGAGGAGUGUCGGAAUAAGGACAAAAAGUACAGUUGUACAUGUUGCUUUUGCAAGCAGUGCAUUACAAUUGGAGGUUUUAAAUUAUAUGCAAAUGUCCUACCAAAAGAAGAUGAAGCAGCUUAUCAAUUCAAAAAGAGGCUUAUCGCUGAAGGUAGGAAAGCAGCUUGCGAGGAACCUGAUCCUUGUGGACAUAAAGCUUUGGAGUGGCAAAAUAAGAUUAAAGCUCAAACUGAACUCGAUGAUUUAAAUGAACAGAAAAGUAGGGUAGAAUGUAUUUGUUCUCAAAUUCCAUGUUGCUGUGAAAAAAAUCAGGAAAAGCUUGAGGUCGAACAAGACUGAAUCAUUUAGCUUCAACAAUGAAAGCUAAACAAAUUUAAUAAAAUUCGAAAAAAAAUUCAUUUGGUAAUUUAAAUUUUCUUUAAAUGAAAUAAAACAAAUGUAAUUUAAAUAAAA